AUGGACAGCAAAGGAAACUUUAUGGAAUCUGUAAGAAAAGAUGUUCAAGGCAUGCUUUCUUUGUAUGAAGUUGCAUACAUGAGGGUGGAAGGCGAAGAAGUUUUAGAUGCAACCCUCAGUUUUACAACUUUUCAACUUAAAAACAUAGCUAAUGAUCAUAUGUGCGAUGAUGUGUCUCUUAAGAUUCAGAUAGAACAAGCACUAGAACAACCGUUGCGCAAAAGGUUACCAAGGCUAGAGGCGAUGCGUUACAUACCCAUCUACCAGAAAGAAGCUUCCCAUAAUGAGGCCUUACUAAAAUUUUCCAUGUUGGAUUUCAAUUUACGUCAAUCCUUGCACAAAAAAGAGCUCAGCCAUAUCAGCAAGUACAUAGUCCCCAAGCUGCAUCGAUACACUUCCGGAGUACAUGAAAAUCAUAUAUCAAGAACUUUUGGACCUUCACAGAAAAGCAAAAAGGUACUAGAACUGAAAGGAAAAGCAUAUCACAGCUACUAUACUAAAGAGAUGGUAAAAGAAUACACUCGGAAUCUCAUUUGGCAACCAGGUAAAAGAAUACACUCGGAAUCUCCUAAUCGAAUCGAAAUGGGCAAAAGAGGGUUACAUUCCUACAGUAGAGGAACACAUGUCGGUUACCAUGGUAACAUGUGCUUACGGCAUGAUAUCGCAAAAAGUUAUGUGCAUGGCGAUGAUUUGGUCACUGAGGAUACGUUCAAAUGGGUGGCCACCUAUCCUCCUCUGAUGACAGCUUCAUGUUUGAUUUUAAGGCUCAUGGAUGAUAUUGCUACCCAUGAGGUGCUUUAA